AUGGAAAAAAGGUUAAUUAAACAACAAAUUCACCUCAACUUCUCAAAAUUGAAGAGACUCGAGGACUCAAUCACUGCCAAAAGACAACGGCUUAGUAUUCUACCCGAAGAAUUAGUGGAUCAAAUCUACAAAUAUAUCAACGAUGACAAAAAAACUUUCAACACCACAAUCCGAGAGAAACAAAUGAAGAAGUUCGAAAAUCUCUCACGAAAAAAAUUAAUCCUCGAAGAGAAAUCACAUUCCACACAACGCCAAUCUCCACAUAAUCAUGAUGCGAACAAAGAGAUUCAGGACAUGAAAAGGAGCGUCCUAAAUUUAUCACAACGUCAACUCACCAAGGAUGAAACGAAGGCACUCCAACUUGGAUUAAACUUCGCCCUCCCACAUUUUAAACAUAAAGACCUAUUAAUCGAAGCGGGGAUAAACAUUGAACUUUGCAUGCAGGAUUUUGAGAAUAGUGAAAACUACAAAAAUCAUAUAAGAUCAGGUAUUGCAAGAAUUUUGCACUCACAAGUCAACAAACCUGAUGAAUUCACCAAAUCAUUCGACUGGUUAAAACCAAUAUGCACAAAUCUCAAAAAAGAUCAAAAUAUCGUCAUCCUACCUGCUGAUAAAGGCAACAUGACUGUGAUUAUGGACAAAACAAAUUAUGAGACCAAAAUAGAAGAACUACUCUCAGACCCGAGUUACUCUCCACUACCAAAUGACCCCACCUCCAAAUUAGAAGCUGAAAUUAACAAUAUAUCAAAAAAUCUACUCAAAAUGAAAAAACUAGACAAAUCACAACACCAAAAUAUCAAUCCAACGAACUCAAAGAUUCCUCAGUUUUAUGGAUUACCGAAGGUACACAAACCAGGACUACCGUUCCGACCUAUCGUGGACUUUCGUUCCUCACCUUCCUACAAUCUUGCCCAUUUUUUGAACAAAAUUCUGAAGAAGAUCACGUCAAAUUUCCCAACCCACAUUAAAAAUUCAUACGAAUUCGCCAAGGAUAUCAAGAGCUUCACUGUACCCCCCGGAUAUGAACUCGUCUCAUUCGACGUAACUUCUUUAUUCACUCGAGUUCCAGUCAAAGAAACUCUAACAAUCAUUAAGAAAAGACUAGAUACAUCGACAACCUGGAAAACAAAAACCAAGUUAAAUGCAGAUGAAAUCUUAAAAUUACUACAAAUCACAAUAAACUCAAACUAUUUUACUUGGAAAAACGUCACAUACAAACAAAAUGACGGUACUCCAAUGGGCAGCCCAAUCUCCGGUGAGUUUGCAGAAUUCUUCCUCCAAGAACUAGAAAAAAAGGUCGUCCUCAAACACCCCGACAUAAAAUUACAUAAACGAUUCGUGGAUGACUGUUUCUCGUGCAUAAAAUCAGGAACAAAAGACAGAAUCUUACAUGACCUCAACUCAUUCCAUCCAAACAUACAAUUCACCUGUGAAUCAGAAAUAGACAAGAAAAUUGCCUUUCUCGACAUCAUAAUUACAUACAAUAAUGAUGGACAAAUACAACGACAAGUUUAUCGAAAACCCACUCACACAGGGAGAUACCUAAAUUACUCAUCUUACCACCACCCUUCCCAAAAGAUUGCUGUAAUUGAUGCUUUAGUUUACAGAGCAUUAGCAAUUUCUGAUGACCAAUUCUUAAAGGAUGAACUUACCUUUGUGGCCACCUCACUAAAAAACAAUGGCUACCCAAAAAGUCUCAUCAACCAACGAAUAUCAAGAAUGAAGAAAAAAUUCUCAAAUACGACACUCCAACCAAACGGUGACGAAGAAAAAAAGCCAAGGAUCAUUCUUCCAUAUAUGGGACCGCUUACCCACCGAUUAACUGGUUACCUCCGGAGAAAACUUCAAUGCGAAUUUGGAUACCUCACGGGAAAAAAGAUGAAACAAUUUAUUUGUGAUUACAAGGAAAACCCACCUCCAGACCUGGAGAAACCAGCCGACCCCUCGUCAAACGCAUCAAAGAACACCUGA